AUGUGGGUGGAUCUAAAGAGUCAUGGUGACGCUAACGCGGUAGGGCUGGCCAAGAAGGGCAUGUGCGGAGAGAAGACGCGCUGUGCUGUAGUGGAGGAUAGCGGGCUAGAGGGCGCUGUCGUCAUGGCGCAUGAGACCGGUCACGUACUAGGUAUUAACCACGACGGUGAAGGCAACAACUGUUCGGAUGGUGAACACAUCAUGUCCAAAUGGUCGGUGUCGGGUGUCGGCGCGUUCACCUGGUCCGAAUGCAGUGAACGUGCACUUAAAGACUUUUUAGACUCAUCCGAGUCUAGUUGUCUGAACGACACCCCUUUCCCAAGUUCCGCGGACAUUUCCGGUACUUCGACGCUCCCCGGCAUCGUCUACUCGGCCAGGCACCAGUGCCGACUCAUGCUGGGACCGGAAGCGGAUGUCUGCGAGGAUAUAGUGGCACAAGGAGAGAUUGACGUUUGCGGCGCACUGGUUUGCAGACAGAUCCCGAAUAGCGGCACGAACGACUGUCGUGUCUUCACCUCACCCCGCAUGGACGGCACGGAGUGCGGACAUACAAAGGAUCGCCUGGCCCAGUGGACGGUGGUUGGUCAGUCUGGGAAUCCGAGAUGGGGUCGUGCUCCAGGUCAUGUGGGGGCGGGGUCAAGUUCAGGCUCCGAUACUGCAACAAUCCCGAGUAAGUGA